GCGAGAUCAAAAUUCUAAUUUCUCAACAGCAAAGCGGAUAAAGCGAUUAAUAAAGGAGAGUAUUACUCCGACUUGUUUUCCUUUCGGAACGGGAAAAAUUUUCCUGCAACAAAUAGUUUAGCUUCUUUUUCUCUUAAAAUACCGGAGAAAAGGCGUGUAAGGCAUCUCCUUUCCUGUUCCCAUCAACUCACGCGCUUUCAAUUCUGCAUAAAUUCCUAGCGGAAGGUUUGGCUCUUUGUUCACUGUGUUCCUUCCCUCUGCAGAUAUGAGUGACCCUAAGUCUGCUUAUCCUUACCCUGCUCAACCUUACCCUGCUCAACCUUAUCCUGCUCAAGGGUAUUAUCAAGGACCCCCGGUAAUGGCACCUCCACAGUACGCAGCCCCACCACCCCGGCGAGAGCCGGGUUUCCUUGAAGGAUGUCUCGCGGCUUUGUGUUGCUGUUUCCUCAUUGACGAGUGUUGCUGUGACCCUUCAAUCGUCUUUGCCUGCUAGCUAUUAGUAUAUCGUGUAUUUCCACUGCAAUGAUCCCAUUUCUGUUUCAAAUGUGUGAUAAUGUUUCAUGUGUGAAUUCAUGUUUAAAGAAAAAGCUUGAAGACUAUUCUUGUAGGAUCGCAUUGAUUUAAUAUCGAACUCUUCCUUCAAUCUCUGGUAUUUCUUUUCCCUUCCAGUUCCCUACCCCAUGAUGGAAACAA